CUGGCGGGGGGGGAGUGGUCGCACUCAUUUCUUCAUAAUAGCCUUCAUCUGGUCUCUUGUAUGGGAUUAAUACAGCCAAAACCUUCCCUCCUCCUGAAACCCUAAACCUAGUGAAAAGCUGUCACGGAAAACCGCUUUUCUUCCCCCCCAAAACCACUUUUCUUCCCGCCCGUAAAACCGGUUAAAGCUUUCUAAUAAUCCUAUUCCCGGUCCCACACUUCUGCCUGCUCUGUAAACUGGUGGGCACUAUAGGAACGGACCAUUUGUACCCUAAAACCCCACUUUUUAUUUUUAUUUUUAAUUCGUUAAUAUAUUAUGGUUUUCAUUCCCUCCAGGCAUCCACACAGCUCAGACUCAGAUCAUCGGUGUUCCCGCUUUGGAUCCCCUCUCUCUCUCUCUCUUCUCUUUAAACUCUCACCCACUUUUUUCUUCAAUCGCUCUCCCUUUCUCUGUCUAUUUAUAUACCAAUUUAACAAUUGAAACCGAUCACUCAGGCUUCAAAACCAGAGGGGGAGCUGACGGAAAAGCUCUUUCUCAUACUCUGGCUUGCUGCAGGAAGCUUCAUCAUCAACACCAUCUUCAUCUUCCUUUUUGGUCCAUCUCUUUCAAUAUUUUCUCCAUCUUUGUCUUUGGGAGCCAAAAAUUCUGUUGAAGAGGAUAUGUCGACCUGCAUCGAUGUUCCGUCUGAGCAAGUCUGCUACAUCCCUUGCAACUUUUGCAACAUCAUUCUAGCGGUCAGCGUUCCAUGCAGCAGCUUGUUCGAUAUCGUGACCGUCCGAUGCGGUCACUGCACUAACCUAUGGUCCGUGAACAUGGCAGCAGCGCUUCAGUCGCUGUCGUGGCAAGAUCUCCAGGCACCAAACUUUACUUCUCCAGAGUACAGGAUCGAGUUGGGCUCCUCUUCAUCAAAAUGCAACAAGAUUGCAAUGCGACCACCACCUGCCAUUAACGAGGAAAGGAUCGUAAAUCGCCCACCAGAGAAGAGGCAGCGAGUACCUUCUGCAUACAACCAGUUCAUAAAAGAAGAGAUCCAGAGGAUCAAGGCCAAUAAUCCAGAAAUCAGCCAUAGAGAAGCUUUCAGCACAGCAGCCAAAAAUUGGGCACAUUUCCCUCAUAUUCAUUUCGGGUUGAUGUUGGAGAACAGCAACCAAGCUAAGCUUGACGAGGGAUCAGAUAGGCAUCUAAUGACAAAGGAGGCGAUGUUCAACAAAUAAGAGAGAUUCUUGUUAUUGCAUCUAUGUCAUUUAAGUAUCUUAUGUGUUUGUAUAAGGGGAUGAAACAUAAUUUCCUUUUGAUGCAUUUGUUGUAAGUUGAUCAUGAGAUGCUACUUAUGUUGAAAGCAAACUAGCUCAUCUUAAAUUUCCGUCCCUCAUGAACCUUCCAAAUGAAGGAGAUGACUAAAAUAAACUGCAUUUGUGCUUGCUUAAGUUCUUGUUCA